AUGCUGAUCUGGUUCAGUUCGUUGAAGCUAGACAUAGGUUCAUCCCCCGGCAGCAUCGGUGAACAGGUCGACUCGAUGGGGACUGGUUUCCCCGAUACCUCAUAUGGGAGUCGGUCCGACCUGAUCCUGGGCAUAACUGUCAGCUUGUUAGUGGUUACAACCAUAUUUGUUGGUUUACGAGUUUACGUCAGGGCUUUCCUAAUAAGAAAAUGGGGAAUAGACGAUACAGUUGUCGUAUCGUCAUUCUUUAUAAUAUUACUUCACGAUAUAGUGAUGUGUCUAGCGACAAGAUUGGGAUUCGGAAAACAUUUCUGGACGCUAUCACCUAGGGUGAUCAUCAAAACUCAGAAGUUCUCUAUACUCGUCAUCACAUUGUAUAACGUUGCCUUCACCACGAUUAAGAUUGCUUUCCUGUUGCAGUAUCGCCGAAUCUUCCCUCUCCCAAAGGUCGAGUUGGUCUGUAACAUUGGGAUCGCAUUCCUAACCCUAUUCGGCAUCUCGCUAGUCAUUUCCACAGUAAUUACCUACAGCUUGCUAUACAGCAACAAGUUGAGUUGGUCCAUAGACAUCUUGGGUUGGUGGCUCACAAACGCUUCCAUACACCUGAUUACGGACAUAUUUAUAUUUAUUCUGCCAAUGCCGCUACUGGGUCAAAUCAGACUACAGAAACUGCAGAAGUCAGCGUUAUUUGCCAGUUUUUUUCUUGGGUUUUUUACGUGUGCUAUAUCCAUUAUUCGAAUCGUCACACUUCCAGAAUCUCUUAGAUCGAACGAUCCAACGUUCGAUAGCACGCAAACAAUUGUUUGGACUGUCGCAGAACUAUCAAGCGCCGUCAUAUGCUGUUGCGUUCCUACGCUACGUCCACUGGUUCAAAGAUCUCAGUAUCUGCCUGGGAGAAGCGCAUACAGCAGAAGCGGUUUUGACAGCACACACCGUCACCGUUGCAACUCGCGACAUCAUACAGAUGUGAUAUCCUCCUGGGUGUCAGACGCCGUCCCAAAGCCUAGCUUUUCUUGGAACCGGAGUCGUCAACGCAGCCAGUCUUCGACGAUUGCAGGGGUUGACGAAAUUGAGCCGGCGCCUGCAGUGCUAAUGGAAUCUGUGGUGCCAAGUUUAUCGCCAAUUCCAAUGGUUUCAGGACCGCCGGUCGAAGCAGAAAUGCCGAGGAUAGAGGUGAAUGGUGUACGGCGGGAAAGCGGAGCAACCGUCCAGCCCGGAGGCAUUUCGACGAGAAGUAACAGCAUCAGAAACAGUAUACGUAGCGAAGGGAAUAUUAGUGCUGAAGAGGGUGGUGUGCGUAGAGACCUGAGUGCUCGGAGACACAUGAGCAUAGCGUUGACAGAGAGGGACUCUGACGAUGAUGUCUACUAUUUUGGAAUAAGAGAGGAGGAUGUGAAUUUGGAGUGUCCGACACCACUAAGCCCACCACCAAAUAAUUUCAAGUCACCACUUCCUAAAUAG